GGAAAACAGUGUGCUCCUUAGCAUGUCAAUGCUUCAGUGUAUAUUUAGGACUAAAUUAUAAUAACCUGCAUGGCAGUCUGGUUGUCUGUUGUUAAGAAACAAUGUUGAAGUUCAAAUACGCGAGUCAAGGAAGCCUGCAAACGAUGAUGUCCUCUUCGGACCCCAUCACCAGCCGCAGCUCCAGGCUCAACCAAUUAUUUCAGGGCCGAGUCAGCCUGUGUGGGCCACAGGGAGGAAGCACUUUAGGUCGGGAGGAGUGUCUGGAGGCUCUGCUGCUUCUCUACCAGGAGUGCAUGUCCCCAGAGCUUAUGAAGAUACAUCAUGUGGCAAACUUUGUCAAAAAGUUUUCUGAAGUGGUCUCCGAGCUGCGGGACAUGCAGCCUGGUCCUGCUGACUUUGAAGUGUGUGCAGUGGUGGGCCGUGGGCACUUCGCUGAAGUCCAAGUGGUCCGAGAGAAGGCAACUGGGAAUGUUUGUGCACUGAAGGUCAUGGAGAAGGCCGUUUUACGCACUCAAGAAAAUGUGGUUUUUCAUGAGGAGGAGCGGAGGGUCUUGGCUCUGAACAGCAGUCCCUGGAUCCCGCAGCUUCUGUACGCCUUCCAGGAUACAGAACGGGUCUACCUGGCGAUGGAGUAUUUGCCAGGCGGUGACCUGAUGUCCCUGCUUAACCGAUACGAAGAUCAGUUUGAUGAGUCCAUGGCUCAGUUCUAUUUGGCUGAGCUGGUAGAAGCCAUUCACGCCGUCCACCAGCUGGGCUACGUCCACAGAGACGUCAAACCGGAGAAUGUUCUCAUCGAUCGGACCGGUCACAUUAAGCUGGCAGACUUUGGAUCAGCUGCCAGGCUCAAUGCUAACAAAACCGUUGAAACUCCCACAGUGAAUGUUGGGAACCAGGACUUCAUCUCCCCGGAGGUCCUGGCAUCCAUGAAUGGCGGCUCUAACAGCACCUAUGGAGUCGAGUGUGACUGGUGGUCCCUCGGGGUCAUAGCGUAUGAGAUGAUCUACACCAGGUCGCCUUUCUCUGGGGGCUCUUCUGCCAAGACAAUCCAAAACAUCGUCAACUUUCAGCGUUCCCUUAAGUUUCCAGACGAGCCUCGGGCCAGUAAGCACUUUGUAGACCUGCUGCAGAGCUUGCUCUGUGGAUCCAAACAGAGACUGGGUUUCCAGGGACUCCGCUGUCACUCUUUCUUCUCCAGUGUCGACUGGAACCACUUACGGCAAGUUCUCCCGCCUUUCGUUCCUGCGUUGCACGCUGAAGAUGACACCUCUAAUUUUGAGGAGCCGGAGCAGGCAGCCCCCCGGCCAGCCUCAGCAGCCCAGCAAGGAGCUCUGCCAGCGGGCUUCCAGGGCCAGGAUCUGCCCUUUCUAGGCUGGUUCUUCAGCAGAGCGUUGACAACAUUGGCCAAAACUGAGUCAGUGUCUGCAGGCCUCAACUCUCCUGCCAAGACCAACUCUAUGGAAAAGAAGCUACAUCUUAAAAGCAAAGAAUUACAAGAUACUCAAGACAAAUGUCACAAUAUGGAUCAGGACAUCUCCAGGUUUCAGCGUAAAAUGACUGACCUGGAGUCAGUGCUCCACCAGAAGGAUGUGGAGCUCAAGGCCUCCGAGACUCAAAGGGGCAUCCUGGAGCAAGACCUCGCCACUUACAUCACUGAGUGCAGUAGCCUGAAGCGGAGCUUGGAGGAGGCGCGUGUGGAGGUCUCCAGAGAGGAUGACAAGGCCUUGCAGCUGCUGCACGACAUCCGCGAACAGAGCAACAAGCUGCAGGAAAUCAAAGAGCAAGAGUACCAUGCUCAGCUGGAGGAGAUGCAGGUCACCAUCCGGCAGCUGGAGGAGGACCUCUCCGCUGCCCGGCGCCGCAGCGACCUCUACGAAUCUGAACUCAGAGACUCCCGGCAAACAAGUGAGGACCUCAAGAGGAAAGCUGUGGAGUACCAGCAGAGGAUCCAGAAGGCUAAAGAGCAGGGCAAAGCUGACGUGGAGGAGCUUCUCUCCAAACUAGAGAAGACCAAUUCUGAGCAGCAGGUGAACAUCCAGGAGCUCCAGGAUAAACUGUCCAAGGCUGUAUACUCGCACGAGAAGGUGAAGAUGGAGGGGACCAUCUCCCAGCAGACCAAGCUCAUAGACUUUCUCCAGGCUAAGAUGGACCAGCCCACCAAGAAAAAGAAGGGUAUAUUCGGGCGGCGGCGGGAGGAUGUUGGCACGACGACCAACGGGGCUCUGACUCCACAGGCCCAGCCGGCUGUUCCCAUGCAGUACGGGGACAUGAAGCUGGCUCUGGAUAAGGAGCGCUCGAGAUGCGCUGAUCUGGAAGAGGCUCUGCAGAAGAUGAGGAUCGAGCUGCGAUCCCUCAGAGAAGAGGCAGCUCAUUUCAAAGCCCAGGAACAUGCGGCUCCCUCCACACCAGCGCAGGCUCGCCAUCAAAUCCUCAUGUCAGCCAUCGUCAAAUCCCCGGAGCAUCAACCCAACCCCAGCAGCCUGCUCAACCCCUCCACCCGCAGCAAGGAGACCGCCACACCUGAAGAGUUUGGCCGACGUGUGAAAGAGAGAAUGCACCACAACAUCCCACACCGUUUCACUGUGGGCCUCAACAUGAGGGCUGCCAAGUGCACCGUCUGCCUGGACACUGUUCACUUCGGACGGCAGGCUGCCACUUGUCUAGAAUGCAACACCCUGUGUCACCCUAAAUGCUCCCCAUGUCUCCCGGCCACCUGCGGUCUGCCAGCUGAGUAUGCCACUCACUUCUCAGAGGCGCUGUGCCGGGAAAAGGCCAACUCUCCUGCACUGCAGGUCAAAGAGGCCAGUGGCCAUGUUCGCUUGGAGGGAUGGAUGAAGCAGCCCAGAAAUGGAAAGCGUGGUCAGCAGGGCUGGGAGAGGAAAUACGUUGUGCUUGAUGGAACUAAAAUAUCUAUUUAUGAAACUGAGCCCAGAGAAGACUAUAUCACAGUGGAGGAGGAGUUUGAGCUGUGUCUGCCUGACGGAGAGGUGACGGUUCAUGGAGCUGUCGGAGCCUCCGAGCUCAUCAACACUGCCAAGUCAGACAUACCGUAUGUGUUGAAGCUGGAGUCCCAUCCACACACCACCUGCUGGCCGGGCCAGUCCCUCUACUUCAUGGCUCCCAGCUUCCCUGACAAGCAGCGCUGGGUGGCUGUCCUGGAGUCUGUGGUUGCCGGCAGCCGGGGGUCUAAAGACAAAGUGGAUUCUGAUGCUAAACUUCUGGGCAACUCUCUACUGAAGCUGGAGGGUGACGACCGUUUGGACAUCAACUGCACCCUGCCUCUCACUGACCAGAUCGUGCUGGUUGGCUCUGAGGAGGGUCUGUACGCUCUGAACGUCAUCAAGAACUCUCUGACCCACAUCCCCGGGCUGACUUCCGUUUUCCAGAUCCAGAUCCUGAAGGAGCUCGACAAGCUGCUGAUGAUCACUGGAGAGGACAGGGCUUUGUGUCUGGUGGAGAUCAAGAAGGUGAAGCAGUCUCUGUCUCAGUCCCACCUCCCGGCUCAACCCGACCUCAGCCCUUAUAUCUUUGAGACGGUGAAGGGCUGCCACCUCUUCUCCUCUGGAAAGAUUGAUAAUGGGACCUGUAUCUGUGCUGCUAUGCCCAAUAAGAUUACAAUUCUGCGACUUAAUGAAAGCCUGAAUAAGUUCUGCAUCAGGAAGGAGAUUGAGACAUCAGAGCCCUGCAGCUGUAUCCACUCCACCGGCUACAGCAUCAUUAUCGGCACCAACAAGUUCUACGAGAUUGAGAUGAAGCAGUAUGUGCUGGAAGAGUUCCUGGAUAAAAACGACGUGACGUUGGCGUCAGCCGUCUUCGCCGCGUCCUCGCACAGCUUCCCCAUCUCCAUCAUCCAGGUCACCACGGCUCCACAGAAGGACGAGUACCUGCUCUGUUUCCACGAGUUCGGUGUGUUUGUGGAUGCGUACGGUCGCAGGAGUAGAAGUGAAGACAUCAAAUGGAGCCGACUGCCUCUCUCAUUUGCCUACAGGGAACCCUAUCUGUUUGUGACGUACUUCAACUCUCUGGAUGUUAUUGAGAUUCAAGGCCACGCUGCUCUGGGGCCUCACUCGUAUGCUCACCUGGACAUCCCGAACCCCCGCUACCUUGGCCCGGCCAUCUCCUCCGGGGCCAUCUACCUGGCCUCCUCCUACCAGAACAAACUGCGGGUCAUCUGCUGCAAAGGCAACCUGAUCCAGAGCCAGGAGGGCGGGGGGGAGCUGCAGAGGAGCGGCUCCGGGCGCAGCCCUAACAAGCGCGGCCCCCCCUCCUACAAUGAGCACAUCUCUAAGAGGCUGGCAGGCAAUCCUCACGGAGACCCCGGGACCCCCCACCGCUACAGAGAGGCCCGCACAGAGUUCAGACGGGACAAGUCCCCGAGCCGCCCGCUGGAGAGAGAGAAGUCGCCCGGCCGGAUGCUGGAGAGCCGGAUAGUGGCGUCUCCGGGCCGGGGGGCCAUGGCGGACCCUCGGUUAGAGCGCUCUCCGGGCCGGGCCAUGGCGGACCCCCGCAUGGACCGCUCUCCUGGCCGCAUGAUGGACGUCCGCAGGGAGCGCUCCCCCGGACGGUUCGAAGAGCGCCAAAGGCUUCACACUGGCUCCGGUCGCACGCCCAUAAACCAGGUCAACAAGGUCUGGGACCAAUCAUCGGUUUGAGGACAGCGGAGCCACCCCUAACACGGACAGAGAAAAGCAUCUUCUGUAAAAAGGGAACGGAGAGAGCAGAGAACCAGUGCGAGUGUCACCAAUCCAUGAUGAAAAACACUGCCACACGAGUUUGACUGACCUCUAAGCCGACAACCCGCAGAGGAAAACAACUGUAGCCGUCAGAACAGAGAGAGAACCACAGAAAUAAACAGAUGUCAUUAGAAUCGGGUUAUGUUUCUCACAGAGCUCAUCCGAGUCAACAAAAUGCCAUAUUCAACAACAUCUUCAGUGUAUUUGAGUAUGCACCUGUAGAAGGGAUUAGUCAUUUGAUUGGAUUUCUGCUUCCAACACAAAAUCUGGGAAAUGAGUUCUUCACUUCAGACCUGACUCAGUGGUAGUUCCAGUUUACAGCAGUGACAACAAUAAAUAAGCACAGCCGUAGCAACACAAAUCGAUGCCUAAAAUAUUUCAAAAGUCAGUCACUAGUGAAAAUGGCAGAAUAGUAGUAACACGACGUCCUCGUCUCAGCUCAGCUCCGUCCACAGUAGCAUCAGAUCGGGGCAGGAUAGUGUUUCUGGCUUCAGUCCUGCGCUGACAUGUCAAGAAACAAUCAUUAUCAGCUGAUUACAAUCAAUCUGCUAAUCUGCCCUCGGUUACUUUAGGUGACAGGACUUGGCUGGAGCACAAAGAAAUAGGAAUACAAAUCAACAGAACCCGCCCUGCCCUGUAGAACCACACAAACACACCAUUGUCUGCCCUCACAUAGGUCGACACUAAAACAAACUGCACUACCCACAAUCCCCAGCAGGACUUUCUAAUCCUUCAGAACGCUAUCUGACUGUAAAUAGACGAGACAUAAUUUUAUAUAUAUUGAGAAGGAAUUUCAAGGCUGGAUAAGCCAUGUCUAUUUUUGUUAAAGAAAAACAAGUGAUUAUGUGUCCUCUUGAAUGUCCAAUGAGUAUUCUUUUAAUAUGUCCGAACAUCCUUUACUAAGUGAGUGAUUGUAUCUGGAUCGUGUAUGCACUUCCAUCUGUCACAGGCAAAACCUCAGUGCUGAACUAUAUGACAGGAGGGGGAAAAGAUGACGUCUGAAGCUUUCAACAUAGUGCUUGAGCAUUUCUUUUUGUACCACGUCCCUAAUACUGUAUAUAACCCAAACGUGUUCAAGGUGGAUGAAAAUAAUAUUUGUUUUUCUCCUGGUUCGUAAAUGGCAUGGAUAUGUAUAUCUGAAAUGAAACAGAGUGUUGUCUUCUG